UGAAAAACAAACCCCGCCAUUUUCAAUAUUCGAAAUUUUCCUGAAGUUGAAUAAACGGAAUAUGACAGCUGACAACAAUUCAACAGAUGCAAGUGACGGUGACGCAAUUAAAGUUUUUGUCAGAAUUCGUCCGCCAGACUCCUAUGACAAUGACCGUGGAUGUCAGCCAUGUGUGUCGGUGAAUGAUAAUAAGACAGCUGUCAUAGUUCAGAGUAAGCCUGACCCCAAAACAUUCACAUUUGACCAUGUCGCUGAUCAUGAAGACACUCAGGAGUCAGUUUUUACUAUCAUGGGGAAGAAAAUCAUCGAGAGCUGUGUCAAAGGAUACAAUGGAACGAUAUUUGCCUAUGGCCAGACUGGAAGUGGGAAAACAUACAGUAUGAUAGGGCCAUCUGAUGAUGUAGAAAAUUUCCAGCAUGAUUUAAGAGGAGUCACUCCAAGAAGCUUUGAGUAUCUGUUUAACUUAAUCAGUGAGCAGCAGGAAAAGGGUUCAGAGUUCCUCCUGAAGUGUUCCUUCCUGGAGAUUUACAAUGAGCAGAUCUAUGACCUGAUGGAACCCUCCACGAUGACCCUCCACCUGAGGGAGAACAUGAAGAAGGGGGUCUUUGUGGACAGACUCACUGAAAUCUCUGUCACCUCAGCGCUGGGGGCUUAUGAGGUUUUGACAUCUGGUUGGAUCAACAGAAGAGUAGCGUCGACUUCAAUGAAUCGAGAAAGCUCCAGAAGUCAUGCUGUAUUCACCAUACAGAUUGAGUCUAAGCAACCACAGGGGAAAGGGGUGAAGAAUAUGAAAGAAUCACAGCUUAAUUUAGUGGAUUUGGCUGGAAGUGAAAGGCAGAAAGAUACUAAUGCAGUGGGACAGAGACUAAAGGAGGCAGGAAGUAUAAACAAAAGCUUGUCCAUUCUGGGUAACGUCAUAAUGUCGCUGGUAGACAUCGCCCAUGGUAAAUCUCGACACAUUCCAUACCGAGACUCACGACUCACCUUCCUCCUCAGGGAUUCUCUUGGGGGUAAUGCUAAAACACAUAUCAUUGCAUGUAUCCAUCCUGGCUCCAAAUCCUUUGGAGAAACACUAUCAACUCUACAUUUUGCUCGCCGAGCAAAAUUGAUAAAAAAUAAGGCUGUUGUGAAUGAAGACACACAAGGAAAUGUCCUGUCCCUACAACAAGAAAUAAAACGACUGAAGGACCAGCUGUCGGCCUUCAUGAGUGGAAACCUCACAGCCCAGCCAGGUCUCACAGGUAUCACAGCAACAUCCUCAUCAACUAACUGCUCUGUACCAGAUUCCGAUUGGAAGGAGAGAUUUGUGCGGUGUAUGCUGUUUAAGGAGAGGGCCGAUCAGAAAAAUCAAAUUUUACAAGAGAAAAUAGAGCAACUUCAGGACAUUUGCAACAAGAAAGACAAGUGUUUGCAGAGCAACAAGAUGAUCGUCAAGUUCAGGGACAACAACAUUGGCCGCCUGGAGAAGAUCGUCAAGGAGAAACAGGAAGUCGAGCCAGCGUUACAGGAAACUAUUGCAGACUUAAGAUCAGAAAUAGAGACACUAAAAUACCAGAUGGACCACAAUCCCCAGUUAACAAAGUAUGCAGCAGAUAUCCAACACUUGAAGAAUGAACUCAAAUUGGUGCGAUCCCAGGGUGUGGAAUCACUACAGGUGGACAACAGGAAGAUGGAUGAGCUGGAGAGGAUGUACAGGGAACUCCUAGAGGAACAAAAAGGAGAAGAAAAGCCCAUCUCCCAGACCCCAAAGCUCACUCCAUCAGCAGCUGAUAAUAUGUCCAAAGCUACUAUUGAAAAAUACAAGUCACAGGUGGAGAAACUCACAGAGGAAAAUGAGGAGAUGAAAGAAAAAAUGAAACAAGCUCAGGAUGAAUGGGAAAAGAGAGAAAUGGAGCAGCAGUCCGAGUUAGCGUCCGUCCGGAAGGCUCAUGCUGAUCUCAAAUUUGUACUCGAGUCUUAUCAGAUUCGGACUCAAGUGGAGCAUGAUGUUAUGAAAGAGAGACAUUUACAGGUCGUAAAGACAAUUACAACACCUAAGAAAGUGGUGAAGAAGUUAAGGAACAGAGAGAUCUGUGCCCCCUGUUCCACCAACAGCACCCCCUCACUGAAUGACACCAUUCCAUUUGAGGAGAAUGAGGGCAUCUUUGAGCAGUGUGAACCAGAGACCAUGACCGAGGAGCAUCACGCUACACUGAUCGAGGAGAUCAAACAGCUGCAGGAACAGAAUGGAGCUCUGAACCAGCGAGUGAUGGACAUGGAGACAGAGACGUUACAACUCCAGCAGCACAUCUCUAAAGUCGACCACCAGAACGCCAAGCUCACCGAGAUUCUUGAAAGAGAGAGGGCUUUGCUAAGUGAAACUACAGAAAAAUUGAAUAAACUCUCUAAAAGUCUAAAUCAAGAAAUGGAUGAGGAGAAAAUUAAAUCACAAGCUUUUGAAAGUGAAAACAGGGAUCUAAAAUUGAUCCUUAAACAAACUGAAAAAGAACUGGAGGAUUACAAAACGAAAUACAAGUCUCAGGAAACUAUUGUUCAAAGCCAAGUUGGAGAGUUUGAGGACAAGCUUGGUGCUUUAGGACUGGAAUUUGAAAAAAUACAGAGAAUAAAUGAAGAGAUCAUUGAAGACAAACAAAACCUGCAGGAAACUUUGGCCACAGUUCAGGAGACGCUGGAUUACAGGGAAUGUCAGGUCCAGGAGCUGGAGGAAGCCAUUGCUGACCUCCAGAAACAGAAGCAAGACCUCCAGAUCCAGAUACAGGAAAACCUGAACCAAUCGGAUAUGAAUUUGAAAGACAAAAACAAACUGUAUAAUGAGCUAGAAUCGACUAAACACGAGCUGGUCACAGUAAAAGUCAUGCUGGAACAGAAAGACGAAACCCUUAAAACGUCCACCAGUGAAAUUCAACAUCUAGAAAGGAUUGCUGCUGAAAACCAGGAGUUUUUAUCAACACUGAUGAAAAAGAUUGAAGACAAAAACAUGGAAGUGGGGAAUAUGAAGGAUACCCUGGACAGUCAGGUCCGGAAAGGAGAGGAGCUCCAGGCUUUCCUGAGUGAGAAGGAGGAUAGGAUCUGUGUCCUUGAAUCCCGGAACAAUGAGCUGGUGCUGGAGGGCGAGAGCAAGGCGGAAAAGAUUUCAUCAUUGCAAGAAGAGUUGGACCAAGCUCAAGAGAAUCUUCACAACUUUGUGUCGGAACAUGAGAAGAUUGAAAAGGAAUUGGUUGCAGUGAAAAAAUUAUUGGAGAUCAAGGAUGAAGAGUUGGUGGCUCUUCGUAAGGAGAACUCAGGCCUUUUCCUUCAGUUGGAUUCCAGUAAAAUGGAAGAUUUUAAAGAACAGAUCAAUCUCUUAAAAAAUUCGGAAUUGUCUCUCCAGAGAGUGUCAGAAGAAAUAGACAAACUAAUGCAUGAUAGUCCAAUGUCUCACAGGAAGGCAUACAGAGAAAAGAGACAACUAGAUGAAGACAGGGAAAACCGAUCUCCAUGCAAAAAGUUCUUGUCUCCAGUCCUCCGAUUAGCUGACAGUGAACGGAAAAAUAUGCGACUCUCUUCCUCAGAUUCUCUAAACAGUCUAGAAAACCAAGUCCUCUCCCUGAAAAAAUCUGCACUGUCUGAGAUCAGUAGUAAUAGAACUGUUAGGCCAUCAGAAGAUUUCACUGACGAUAGUCAAAUGGACUUGGACCAAGCAUUUGUCAAAGCGGACAGUAUGCAGGCAUAUGUCUCAAAACCCAAGCAAGAAAAUAUGAAUGAUGUGUGAUGUAUAUCUGGUAACUCGACUGAAAGGGUGAAAGGGAAAUUGUGAAACUAUCUUUAUACUCAAUUAGUUUGAAAUUGUUUAAAUGUAUUUUAGUGAUGGAAAUUCUUCCAUUUAAAAACUGAUUUUACAGAAUUUUACUCAAAAGACUUCUUAUUAAACAGAAACGUUGUUAUGGUAAAGAGCCAGACCAAGUGAAAGUAGGUUAGACAUUGUCUGUAAUGGCUGGGGGUGAUAUAGAAGUACAUAUAUAUUUAAUCAAAAUACAUAUAUUAUACAUGUAUGAAUAAAUAUGUAAAACCAUA